UUCAAAAGAUCAAAACCAUUUCCUUGUAGCCAUGGAUACAAGUGCAAAAAUUUGCGUUCUUGGACUUGCAACAAUCUUCUUGUUUUAUACAUGGAGGGUCUUAAAUUGGUUGUGGUUCAAACCAAAAAAGAUGGAAAAGUUUCUAAGAGAUCAAGGACUCAAGGGUACUCCUUAUAGAUUCAUGUACGGAGAUCUCAAAGAGAUGGAACAAAUGAUGAGCGAAGCCAAGUCUAAACCCAUGAAUCUAACUCACGAUAUCACGCCUCGCGUUGCACCUUUCUUCCACAAAUCCCUCACCACUCUUGGUAAGAAUUGUUUUACAUGGUUGGGAACAAAACCCGUGGUACACAUAUCUGAUCCUGCAAUGAUACGAGAGAUCUUGGCUGAUUAUAACAAAUUUCAAAAGCUAAGGGGUGGAAAUCCAUUAACGAAGUUGCUAGUUAGAGGAUUAGUAGAUGUUGAGGGUGAUCAAUGGGUUAAACAUAGGAAAAUUAUCAAUCCUGCAUUCCAUAUGGAGAAGCUCAAGCAUAUGAUACCAGCAUUUUAUGUGAGUUGCAGUGAGAUGAUUGACAAAUGGGAUAAACUUUUAACAAAAGAAAGUUCAAGUGAAGUGGAAGUGUGGUCUUAUCUUAUAACAUUUGCAAGCGAUGUAAUUUCGCGUACAGCGUUUGGUAGCAGUUUUGAGGAAGGAAGGAAGAUUUUUGAGCUUCAAAGAGAAUUAGCAGAGCUAACUGUGAAGGCUGCAAAUUCACUUUACAUUCCGGGAUCAAGAUUUCUACCGACAAAAAACAAUAAGAGGAUGAAAGAGAUUGACCAACAAGUGAAGGGUUUAAUAAUGAACAUAAUCAACAAACGAAUUGUUGCGAUGAAAGCCGGGGAAGCUAGCCAUGAUGACCUUUUGGGCAUACUUCUGGAUUCCAAUUACAAGGAAAUUAAACAACAUGGAAAUAGAAAUUUUGGAUUAAGCAUGGAUGACGUCGUUCAAGAAUGCAAGGUUUUCUACUUUGCAGGGCUAGAGACAACUGGGAAUAUGCUUGUGUGGACUAUGUUUUUAUUAGGUCGAUACCCAGAAUGGCAGACACGCGCAAGAGAAGAAGUUUUACAAGUCUUUGGAGAUAAAAAACCAGAUAUUGAUGGCUUGAGUCAUCUAAAAGUUAUGAACAUGAUCUUCAAUGAGGUUCUCAGACUAUAUUCGCCUGCAGUAGUACUUAGACGGCUAAUAUAUGAAGAAACUAAAGUAGGUAACUUAACCUUACCGGCAGGAACCAUUAUCCAAAUUAACGUAUUGAUUUUGCAUCACGACAAAGAUAUGUGGGGUGAAGAUGUGUUAGAGUUUAAGCCUGAAAGAUUUUCUGAAGGUGUUAAAAAGGGUACUAAGGGACAAGCUGUGUACCUUCCGUUUGGUGCUGGCCCACGCAUAUGCAUUGGCCAGAAUUUUUCUAUACUUGAAGCAAAAAUGGCUAUGGCAAUGAUUCUACAACGCUUUUCCUUUGAGCUAUCUCCAUCCUACUCACAUGCUCCGCACGCAAUGCCUGCUUUGCAACCUCAAUUUGGCUCUCACUUGAUUCUGAAAAAACUUUAGGGAGUUUAUUGUUGUUUAAGGUAUGGUAUAUGUUGUGCCAUCUCUCUCACUUUUUUCAGACAUGCUCUCCGUUCUUUAAGUAAUUUUGCAUCAUCCAUUACACCGAUAAAAACUGGACCAUUGACUAUUUAGUCAAGCUGAUUAUUUAUCGGUAAUUUUGAUUUAUAUUAUGGUGUAACUUUUGUCCCA